AGAGGCGCGCGUUGCCCUAUGAACUGUGAAUGACCUCAGCACCUCACUACGUCACUAGUCAAUACUACACGUCUACACUACAGUGUACGUGUACUAGGAUGUAGCAAGCACUUGCAUCAUGUAGCAGACUUUUUUUUUAACUGUUUUAGCUUUUAUCGACAGCGAGUCAGCGACAAUGAAUGAAGAUAUUGAUUUUAUAGAGGAAUAUCCGCUAAGAGCUGAAACCGUUAAUGCAGUUGAGCAUCAAGAUGAACGAUUCCGUUCUUUAAGCUCUCGAAAUGCAUUUCCUCCUGUGAAUGCAGCUUUAAAACGGAACUCACAAAAGCAGCUGACAUCAUUUUUCAGUAAGCCAAGCACUGAAAAAACAACUGGAAAUGUCAUAAAUGAGGAUUAUGAGAUUCAGAGCAAUAUGAUCGUAAACACUGAGGAAGAAAUUGAUCUUCUUCGUGAUGUAGAAUCCUUUUCUGAUACCAGCAAAGAAACCUCAACAAAUACUGUUGAAAAUGUUGAUCGAGCUACCCUUGUUGAAAAUGAAACAACUCUUCAAAAAGUAUAUUGAGUUUUCAUAAUCUGAAAAGACUAUGCGACCCUGCCCGCGCUGAAAUUGAAUGGCGAUGCCAGGCAAUUUUGCCACUAGAAGACAUUGGGUUGACAAGCGAAGGCGAGAUUGAGCUGCUGGAUGCAGAAUCUUACUGGUUGUCAAUUAUAAAAAUGACGCUGUCUGGAAAACCAAGAUUUCCGAAUUUAUGUGCAAUUAUUUCAUUUCUUUUUUCAAUUCCAUGUAGUAAUGUAAUUGCCGAAAGGGCUUUUAGCCUACUUAAGUUAAUUAAAACUGAUAUUUGAAAUCAAAUGGGUGAGGAAGUAUUGGAUUCUUUAAUGCGAACCAAAUACUGGAUGAAAAAAGAGCGGAAGACACCAGCGGAAAUUGAAUUUCCCAGUCAAUUAUCGAAACGGGUGCAAUCUGUUAGAGCGAAUAAAGCAUUAAACACACUUCCUAAAUCCUAGUUCCUAAUCCCAUUUCUUAAUCUACCUAUCUAUGUCAUUUAAUUUAAUCAAGGAAAUGUUCUAGGUCUACCAUAUUCGAUCCUUAAUUUUAAACCCAGUUUAAAGUGUAUGCAUUCUAAACCUAAUAAAGAAACCCAGAAUUGACUUGUUAAAA